AGGGAUUGUUUCUUUCCAAGAACAAAGCAAGCAAAAUUGUUCCACAGUUAUGUAGCAUUCCCUUGGUUAUAUAUAGUCUGUUAGACUGUGUUGUAAUAAGCCUGUAGGACAUUCAGCUCUUCCACAUGCUUCCUUGCUAUGGCAAAGGGAAACCACAAAAGAAGUCUCCUAACUCCUAAAUGAGGCAUGUAAGAAAGUGGCAAGAACCCAGACUCCUUGGGCAUGUCUACACAUGUGCUUUAAUGUGUAUUAGCCUAUGUUUUAAAGAGCAUUAAAGUAUCACAAAAAACUGUGCUCUUUAGCUAAUACACAUUAAAAUAAACUAAUGCACAUUUUCCUAGUACCUCACAAUGGAGAUCCUAGAUUUAAUGUGCAUUACCUAAAGUGCAGUAAUUGAACUUGUAGAUGUGCCUCUUGUUACAUCUCUGCUCUAGCCGCUAGAUGCUAAAACCUUCCCUAGGCAGGAUCCAGACAGAUUCUGACAAAUUAUGUUAAUGUUACCAGAAAACACCCUCUUGCUGUUUCCAUAAUUAGAACUUCCUUAAAUCUUGUGCCGUCCCCUUUAAAGAUCUCUUUACCAGCAAAACCUGGGCUUUCUCUACUUAAUAGCGUCUUCAUUUUUGUGAGAAAAUGCUUACAUUUAUGACUCUCCUGGUCUUUCUGUUAUCCCACUUUCAAGCCACUCAACAAACUGAAAAUUCAAAAGAGAAUGACAAUGAAGAAGCACUUCCAAAACUAUCAAUGGAUAUUUCCCCUUUCACUACAAUUGAAGAAGGAACAUGGCUGAACAUCACUUGCUCCUACAGAUCAAGGUGUACCACUGGGAAAGCAAGAAUGGGCAUUCACAAGGAUGGAGAAAAAAAGGACCUCACACUUUCAUAUGAUUCUGCAAAAUGUUAUGGCAGCUACAUCAAAGAAUCAGCGAAUGUCUCAGAUUCAGGAGCAUAUAAAUGCCAAUGGUCAAGCAACAAUUACACAGAAGAAACAGAACCCAGUCAGAUCAUUGUAAGAGAGCUGCUAUCUAAUCCUGAGCUCAAGCUACUCAAGGGAAGCUCGGAGGUAAUGAUAGGCCAGAAUGUGACGAUUACUUGCUUAUCAGACUCUGGCUCUCUUCCAGUUAACUAUACUCUUUUUAGAGACAAUCAGAAACUAUUCACUGAAACCAUGAAUGUGCGGAGGCCAGCUACGUUUAUCUUAACUAUCAAGUCCGCAAGUGAUAUAGGCAAAUAUACAUGCAAAGCCACAAAUGAAAUCCUCAAGGAAGCAAAAUACAGCAAGAGUUUCAACUUUACAUUAAUAGAAGCUGUGUCCCAACCAGUGCUGAGCUCACCCACUUCCCGAGUUAAGACAGGCCAGAACGUGACCCUCUUUUGUCUCUCAGAGAAUGGCUCUCAUCCUAUCACAUACAGAUUUUUUAGAGGAAAUAAGAGUAUAUCACCUCCUAUAUGUGUAGAGGGGAAGGCAGCUGCUAAUAUUUCUUUAACUAUCAAUUCUUCCGAUGUUUUGGGUGACUAUAAGUGCAAAGCUGAAAACAAAAUUCCCAAUUCAAAGAAAUACAGCAACAGUCUCAGGUUUACCCUGUCAGAGAAGGCAGGCAUCUCCUAUCUACUCUGCAUUUCUCUUGUGGUCUUCCUCCUGCUGGUGGUAACGGUGAUUGCCGUGGCAAUUCCAUUUCUCUUCCUUCCUUGGUAUAAAGCAAGAAAAUUGAAGUCACCUAAAUCAGCCACUGGUUUUGUUUCAGACCAGACAGAGUUAGAAAACUGUGUGAUAUACACUGAGAUUGCAAAUGAUGAAUCUGAUCAACAGCAAUACGCCAACAUUUCAAUUAUUAGAAAAGAGAAAGGAGAUAAAAGAGUGAGCUUGAGCACAGAUACAGUCGACUACUCUGAAGUUUUCAUAAGCAGAAUACAAGGUAAGUUCUCUUUGAUGAUAUAUGAGAAAACAAAUUAUAAAAUAUUUAAAAAAAGAGAACCUCUACUUCUAUAGGCUUGUGCUAGCAUGAGCACUGAGCCUGCACUGGAAGAAAAGCAAAUAUAUGGCAGCCUUUCAAAUAAAGAAAAAGAAGAAACGUUUUUUUCUUUGCUUCAGGAGGUAGGACCUGUGCCAAUGGAUUUAAAAACUGGGAAAGCAGAUGCAGACCAAAACUAAGGGAUAACUUUUUACAGCCAGGGAGGACAAUAGAACA